AUGAGAAGUAGCCUUUUUCAUGGUAGAGUAUCCAACAAUGCAAAGCAAUGCAGCUUUCUUAAUGGAAUACUUUCGACAAAACCAGCGAUAUCAAAGGCUGAAGCCCUAGCAAUUGCUGCAAAGAAGCAUAGCGAGGCUGAGAGGAGACGGCGAUUUAGAAUCAAUUCUCAAUUUGCAGCCCUCCGGACUAUCCUACCGAACCUGACCAAAAUGGACAAGGCUUCCGUGCUGGGCGAGGCAAUCCAGCAGGUGACGCAACUAAAGAAGACGGUGAAAGAGUUGGAAUUAGAUUCUUGUGGCAAGUCGAAAAGGUUGUUUCCCUGCGAACAAGACAGUUUAAAUCUUAAGUAUUGUAACAAAGAGAAGACGCUAGUAAAAAUCGCGUUUAGCUGCGAAGAUAGACUUGCAUUGAUAUCUAACAUAACAGAGGCACUGAAGUCAACAAAGGGAAAAAUAUUGAGGGCUGAGAUGGUAAUAGUUGGCGGAAGAGCCAGGCAUGUGUUGUGGAUUCAGGGAUUUCUUGGGAAUGAAGGAAUUGUUAGGUUAAAGAGGAUGCUGAGGGCAAUUAUGGAUUCGCCUUCUUCACCAGGAAACAGUAAGCAUCGAGUCUCCAACUGA